AUGGAGCGAUUCUCCACUCUGCCAGCCGAGUUGCGCCAGCUGAUUUGGGAGUUUGCCGUUCCAUCACGAGUCAUUGAGAUUGGAGAGCCGUGCGACCCAGAUAUCUUACCAGAGGAAGACCUCAGAAAAGCAUGGAUUCACAACAGGAAGUAUCCAGCCAUUGCUCAUGUCUGCUGGGAAUCCCGCCGAAUCGUUUUGGCCAAAUUCAAGCUUCCCAAAGGCCUAACUCUUGCGCCAGAUUGUUUGACAGACGCUCGAUGGUGGUGGAAGUCUACCGACAUAAUUCACUUCAAUGCUCCUGAGAUUAUUGCAGCCACUCAAAGACGCAGAUUAGAGGAUGACUUGCUCGACUUGAUCAAGGUUCAUAUUCUAUGCAAGAAGGUCUCUAUCAGUGCGGAUGUAGUCCACCCUUUUUUGCGUUUCCGUACCAGGUCCGAUUUCUCACAGUCGUUGGUAUGGGAAGUACUUAUCUCAACGAAGACAUGCAUUAUCUCCCUACACACUGUCUGUAUUCGAGCCACCAAAGAGCAAGCUCGGGAGCUGGGUCUCUUUGGCAACGGUGACGAGCCAGCACAGUUGAUCGACCCGUUUGACAAGACAGCCAUCAAGCGAUUCAGACAGCUCUGGACGAACACAAAACAAGAAGUAUCUUCAGUCAAGUUCUUCGACACAAUCAACACCGAAAGAUUCACAUUUCGAGUCGAAAGAUGGCUCGCGGAGAUGGCAGCGGAGUACAUUGAUUUCAAAUGGACCAAUCCACCGUUCCCAACCCCAGGACCACAGUUUAUAACUGAAGGACUUCGUCGGUACCCAUCUCAAAGACACAAUCCUGACACUAAACAAUAUCUUGUCGAAUUUCCCACUCUGGAAUUGAGGAUCAUGUUUCGGCUCUGCCCAUCUGAAGCAGUCGAUCCUGUGAUUACGUAA